AUGUCUUUGUCCAACCGCCUCUCCAUUCGCGACCUCGACCUCAAGGAUAAGCGCGCCCUCAUCCGUGUCGACUUUAACGUUCCCUUGAAGGGUGACGAGAUCACCAACAACAACCGCAUCGUCCAGGCCUUGCCUACUGUCAAGUAUGCUUUGGACCAGGGCGCCAAGGCAGUGAUCUUGAUGUCCCACUUGGGCCGUCCCAACGGCCAAGUCCAGGAAAAGUACUCCCUGAAGCCUGUCGCCAAGGAAGUCGAGAAGUUGUUGGGCAAGCCUGUCAACUUCUUGUCUGACUGCGUCGGUCCGGAGGUCGAAAAGGCCUGCCAGUCGGCCGAAGGCGGCCAGGUGAUCUUGCUGGAGAACUUGCGUUUCCACAUUGAGGAAGAGGGUUCGUCCAAGGAUGCCGAGGGUAAGAAGACCAAGGCUGACCCCGAGGCUGUUGAGAAGUUCCGCAAGAGCUUGACUAGCUUGGCUGAUGUCUACAUCAAUGACGCGUUCGGUACUGCUCACCGUGCCCACUCCUCCAUGGUCGGCGUUGAAUUGCCCCAGCGCGCCGCUGGUUUCUUGAUGCAAAAGGAGUUGGAAUACUUUGCCAAGGUCCUUGAGUCUCCCGAGCGCCCCUUCUUGGCCAUCUUGGGCGGUUCCAAGGUUUCCGACAAGAUCCAGUUGAUCGAGAACAUGUUGGACAAGGUCAACUCUCUCAUCAUCACCGGUGCCAUGGCUUUCACCUUCAAGAAGACUCUCGACAAUGUCAAGAUCGGUAAGUCGCUCUUUGAUGAGCCCGGCUCGCACUUGGUCAAGGACUUGGUUGAAAAGGCCAAGGCCAAGAACGUCAAGUUGGUCUUCCCCGUCGACUACGUGACCGGCAGCAAAUUUGGCGCUGAUGCCCAAGUCGGCCAUGCUACCGAUGAAACCGGUAUCCCCGACGAUUUCUUGGGCUUGGACUGUGGUGAACAGUCCAACAAGAUCUUCCGUGAAGAAAUCCUUGCCUCCAAGACCAUCUUGUGGAACGGCCCCAUGGGUGUCUUUGAAAUCGAAAAGUUCGCCCAGGGCACCAAGUCUGCCUGUGAAGCUGUCAUUGGGGCUACCGAGAAGGGUGCCGUUACCAUUGUUGGUGGUGGUGACACCGCCACUGCUGCUUUGCAGUACGGCGCUGAGGGUAAGAUUAGCCACAUCUCUACUGGUGGUGGUGCCUCUUUGGAGUUGCUGGAAGGCAAGGAGCUGCCUGGUAUUACUGCUUUGUCUACCAAGGCUUGA